GAGGGGGGGGGGCAGAACAGAGAUACACACACACACACACACACCCACACACACAGAUGGGAUUCCCGGUUAGCUAAUACAUGGACACAGGGAAGCGUCGGCUGCUCGGUGUUGUUUUCAUCGCUGUGAAUUAUUAACAUAACCGUCAGCCCUUAGAACAGACACCAGCGGGGCAGCGAUGCAUCUCCACCAGGUGCUGACGGGAGCCGUCAAUCCGGGAGACUGCUGUUAUUCUGUGGGGAGCGUUAAUGACGUCCCGUUCACGGCUUACGGGUCAGGGUGUGAUAUUGUGAUCUUGGCCAGUGAUUUCGAGUGUGUGCAGAUUAUCCCUGGAGCUCAGCAUGGGAACAUCCAGGUGGGGUGUGUGGAGUGUUCACACCAACUGGGACGGAUUGCUGCAUCAUAUGGAAACACGGUGUGCAUUUUCGAGCCGAUCUCCACCAACCUGAAUAAGAGACACAAGCAACUAAACUACCAGUGGCAGAAGACGGGACAGUUUUUACUCAAUGCCAUGACCUACAACCUGGCCUGGGAUCCACAAGGUAAUCGUAUCCUGGCAGCAACAGAGUGGCUGCAGCUUUGGGCUCCGCCCACUGCAGACACACUGCAAGAGGAAGACGAGGAAGAAAAGUCACACCCCGUCCUGAACGACUGGAAGUGUGUGUGGCAGUGCAAGUGAGUCAGACAGAGUGUGUUAGGGCUCAGUGCAUUAAUAUGACA